UUAUUGCUCAUGUAUGCUUAGUUGGCUUUACGAGAGCUUCUCUCACUGCCUAUCUCAUUUCUUUAUCCGAUAUGAUUUCUCCAAGCCUUCCAAUGGAGCUUUGUUUUCUGCUUGUACUUGCAGUAGCUGUGUCAAGUGAUGCUGCUCUAUCUUCUGAGAUUUACUGGAAUUCAAUGCUACCCAAUACUCCAAUGCCAAAAUUGGUUCAGCAUCAAUUAAUAUCUGGUGCCUAUGUAGAUUCUGAACUGCGAGGUCUUGGAAAGAUGAUUGUAAUUCCUACCGCCCGCGACGACAACAUAGGGUGGUCUUUUCAGAAAUGGGGUUCUGCGAAGGAGAACCAGGGAGUAUCAGGUUUUCAAAAUAAGAAACAACUGAAUGUUGAUAAAGACGUCGAUUACUACUUCUUCGAGGAAAACUUGUAUCCAGGCAGAAAGAUGACUUUGGAGCUAUCAGGAGACCAUACAAAAGCUAUCCUCUUAUCCCGCCAAGUGGCGGAUUCAAUUCCCUUCUCCUCUAACGAAUUACCAGACAUCUUACAUCGGUUCUCCGUGAAUGACAGAUCAAUACAAGCAGAGGCCAUGAAGGAGACAAUCGUGUCUUGUGAAAGGCCUGGAGAUAACGUAGAAGCAAAGCGCUGUGCAACCUCAUUAGAGUCGAUGAUAGACUUCAGCAUUUCAAAGCUGGGGAAGAACAUCAAGGCCGUGACGACGGAAUUUGAUGGAGAGAAUGGGAAGAAGAAGCAGUUCAUCAUCUCUUCAGGAAUCAAGAAAAUGGGUGGAAACCCAGUUGUGUGCCAUGGCAUGACAUACCCAUACGCUGUCUACUACUGCCAUGUGAUACGUGCCACAAGGUCGUACGUGGUUCCAUUGGUCGCUGCUGAUGGGACAAAGGCAAAGGCCGUCGCUGUGUGCCACACUGACACUAAGGAUUUCAGCCCUGACCACAUUGCCUUCCAAUUGCUUGACAUUAAGCCGGGGGGAGUUCCUAUUUGCCACUUCCUUCCGGAUGAUACCAUUUCCUGGUUUCCCAACUAGCUAGAAUUUCAUAUAUAUGACUAGUAGUACUAAUAUAUAUCUCCCUCCAGGCUUGUAUGAAAUGUGUGUGUCUUUGCUAUUUAUAUAUAUAGCACCUUAAUUGUCUCCACUACAUCUCUGCUAUAUGUCAACCUUCGCCUAUGUAUUGCUUGUGUGUAUUUCACAUCUUUCAUUUGCAUGCAUGCAUGUUAUUUGUUGGACUGUCCAAUCUCCAUGUUUGUUUAUAUGGUUUUAAUAAAUUAGUUCUUCGUCUCCUCUUCUUAAUA